AAGCAUCGUGUGACAUUUGCGCUUGGCCGACUACCAAACAUGGAUGUUGCACCGUCCAUGGUGCAGCGGUCCGGCGAUAAGCUGAUAGUGCGGCGGGUGGUGAGCGGUGAGCAGGUCCACCUUAGCGAGCAGCAGCCCACCGUCGUCCAGCCGGACGACGGUGAGUCCACCGACCGGCAGCAGCUGCUCGACGGUUGGCGCCGGUUUUCCACCGAUGCGUCCACCGCCCUCACCAGCUACGACGACCAGCUGACCGACGGCGAAGGCACCCAACCGGGCCCAUCGAUCAAGGCGGACGACGAGCGCGAACCGCCGCUGCCGCAGUGCAAGAUCAAGCGCAACUACUCGUGCAGCCGGUGCACCUACUUCACGCAGAACCCGCGCAAAUAUCUAACCCACCUGCGCGACACGCACGGCGAGAAGAUCGUGAUCAAUGAGUGCAAGCGGUGCCUGUACGCGUCCCGCCACUACCAGAAGCUGGUGCGGCACAUGAAGAUGGUGCACGGGUCCGUGGACGGCAUUCGGAAGUCGGCGUUCGGGUCGAGCCGGCGGCGCGUGCAGAAAAGCUACGGCCAGGUACACCACGGCCAGGUGCUACCGGGCGGGCCAUCGAAACUGUCGCGCGCGGAAGCGACCCAGCUGACCAACGCGUACGUGCAACAGCUGGUGGCGUCCGGGUUACCGAAGCUGCUGGAGGAGAUCGAAAAAUCUGCCGCCGGUGCAUCGCUUGCAGCAGCGACCUACUCUCGAGACAAUCAAAUGAUCAAGGUGGAGAUGGAUCAGUUAAAGCAAUCAAUGCCAUAUUCCGCUGAUGAGACCGUCCAAGAGGCUAGCGAACGCGACGGGAUAGAGAGCAACCCGUCGGAAGAUGCCAUUCCAGUGUCCAAGAAACGAUCCCGCCCAAUUCCCAAACUGAUCCCACUGAACAUGUCCAUAUCCGGCACAUCUUCCUCUGCGCCGCAAAAGUUUGUGAAACCGAUACCGCUGUCCGCGCUGAGGGCGGAAACAAGCGACAGUGAACGGGCCGCGGACGAGUAUCCGCUUAGCCUGACGAAGCACCAACCGCAGCAAUCCAUGACGGGCGCACACGACGACCUGGUGACCAAAUGCAUGUACUGCGAGCUGUCGUUUAAGCCGGUGGAAGCGCUCGCCAACCACAUGAAGCUGGCGCACAGGGACGACCUGAUAGCGUCCCUGCUGGCGAAUACGUUCGAAGAGGCAUCCGCGGACACGAAGCAUGUCCCGCGCCUAACGGACGCCGAGCGUACGGCCAAUGAGCUGUGGAAGCGACUGCUGGAGUGUAGUGCCGAAACCGUCCAGUCCAGCAAGUGCGCGGAUAAGGAAGCGCGGCCCGGUUCCGUCUCCAACGACGAAACGGACGAUGACAACCGGGAGGAACAUCAGUCGCAGACGUACUGCGGUGUGGAGACGGCACCGGGCUAUGGUGAGGUAACGAACCGACUACCAACCAUCGAACCCGGCGGCGUCGGUGGUGGCGUCGGCGGUGCCGGACUGAUGAAGAAAGUCUUCAAAUGUCCGCACUGUUCGUUCUGGGCAUCGACGGCGUCCCGGUUCCACGUGCACAUUGUGGGCCACCUGAACAAAAAACCGUUCGAGUGUUCGCUGUGUGCGUAUCGGUCGAACUGGCGCUGGGACAUCACGAAGCACAUACGCCUGAAGACGAUACGGGAUCCGAACCACAAAAAUGCGGGCGUCCUGAUGAACGACGAGACGGGCCGAAGGAACUACACCAAGUACAACAAAUACAUCGCACUCAUGCAGAUCACGGACAAGUAG